AGCGAGAAACUUUUUUUAUUUUUUUUAUUUUCUAAAUUGCUUGUAUCUGCGAUGACAACGUUUACUUGGCUUUUAUUCACACGACUCAUUAAUCUCCCUUUUAAAUCGCGGCGUCGCAAUGUAACACGGAAAAAUGAGACAAAAUCGUAUACCAGCAAAUAUAUCCAUGAUACUCGGAGACCGCGAUACCCUGCGACGCGAGAUUUCUCGUCUCGCGGUAGGAGUGGCGACAAGAGCAAACACAACGGAACCAAUCGCCGAGGAAGGGUGGUCCAGCCGCUGUUUGUCUUCUCGACCCUCCUCCGCUCCGGGGAUGCCGCGGAAUCGCGUGGAAGAGCCUAAACGUCCCGUACAUCCGCACGUCCGCGGCCAAUCGAACCGGACCGUCGCCAAGCCGGAAGAAACGAGAUCUCGCCGGCGAUUAGAUCGCUCCGGCUCUCUUUUCGCGCAGUUCCGAAUUAACAAUCGCCAAGAAGCCGCGCGCGCGGAAACGCCACGUGCAGGAGCCAAUCUUGAUCUUCCUCUCGCGAUUCUCGAAAGCUUUAACGUUUCCGCUUGAAAGCUCCAUUAGCUUCGUCACACAAUAUCAUAAUAAUUAUACCGUCGAUGUAAUAAAUAUACAUUUUUAUAAUUGGCAUUCAACUGUCGGCUUUCAAUACCGGGGGUCGCCGAAAGAAAACCUGUAUUCGUACAUUUCGAAAGGAUUUAAAAAUCGUAAGACGUUCGCCGUUCGAGACUUUCCCCUCGGACGACCAGCAGAGACGUGCGCGAGUAAAUAAACAAAAUAAUUGCUGGAUCUUUCCUUGACGAUUCUAUAACGAGAUCCGCGCGAUGUGGACCGCCGAGUAAAUAGAGAAAGGAAAACAAUCGACUCUAAUUUUGCGUGGCGUGGGACGCUACACCAUGCUUCGCGGUAAGGGCAGGAGCAGGUCGGAGAACAACGAAAACAACGAGGGAACGGACGGGAAGCAGCGGAGACCGAAGUGCGCCCGUUGCCGGAAUCACGGCCUCAUCUCGUGGCUGCGGGGCCACAAGCGGGAGUGCCGUUACCGGGAGUGCCUGUGCCCGAAAUGUUCCCUGAUCGCCGAACGGCAGCGAGUGAUGGCCGCUCAGACAGUUGUUUUCGGCAAGGUUGCUCUGAAAAGACAACAAGCAGCCGAAGACGCGAUCGCUCUUAAAAUGGCAAAGGUCGCCACCGGACAGAAACUCGAUCGGCUUCCGCCGGGCAAGAUCUUCGGAAUGUCCGUGACGGAGCCGAAAGCGACGGUGGAUCCAAACGAGGAUGCGACCCCCGCUGCAAAGAAGCUCGACGGAGUUUCCGAGGAUUCGAAAGAUCCUCCACGUACGUCGUCGACCAACGAUGCUUUACCCGCUCGUAUCCAAAACGUGUGUCCUGAUAGUCUGGAGACCUCUUCGAGAUCCAGAAGCCUCCUGUUCGACGCGGGCAAGCUGGAGAGCGCCAGAGAAUCCACCCUGGUAUCUCAGACCUCCGUGGAGACCCUAGCCCGCCUAUUCCCGAACACCAAGCUGUCGGUCCUGCAAUUGGUGCUGCAACGUUGCGGCCAGGAUCUGCUCAAGGCGAUCGAGUACUUUGCGAGCGACAGCUUGGGCCUCGCCGAGCCAGCGAUGUCGACCAGCAUCGGCCACGCGUCCUCGGCCUUCCGGCCCCCGCAGACGAUCGUCGACAACAGCGCGGGGGAACAGCAGCAGCAGCAAUCGAUUCCCGGCGCAAUGCUGGCACCAAUCUACACCAGCCUGUCCAGAAACGUCUACGGGGAUGCGGGUUACUGCCUGCUGAACAUCGUGCCGAGCGAGCAAUUCGCCAAGGGCACCGAUCUGCCGAUCGCGAAAACCACGGCCGAUCAGGAGACCGUGGCUCUUAAUUUUCGCUACAACAAUUACUUCACCACCGGUGUGCAACAGCAACUGCGGGACGUGCACAUGUGCGCCCAAGUGGCGGCGGAUCGGUUGUCGGCCGCCAGAUCGGCGGGCAUCCUGCAUCAUCUGCCUCCCGCCGUGCUGCCGAGCAUCCCCUGUGUGCAGCCCAAUUGCACGCAAUGCAACUACAAGUUCACUUGAAUAUAUUUCUCUGGAGGUACAGCGAACUGUACAAAUAUUUAUCGCGGUAGAUCGCUGCAGAAUAGUCUCUUAAUAUUAAUUCUCCUAAAUAAGAAAGUAAUAAAAUUGAAGAAAGUAUAUGUGCGGGUUGAAAUAUCUCAUAAUCUUCUUUAUCUAUAUAGGAAAUUUGUUUUAAUUGAGAAGUAUUACAUUAUUUACAUGUCCCAGUUACAUUAUUACGGUUUUGUUAACUGAUCGUCAGCUCAUGGAAAAUUGCAAAAGAAGGAGCGAUGUUAUUCAAUUUUCCGCGCAAGAAAACAUGACGGGGUAAU